UACAAAAAAAAUUGAACAAACUACAAAAACACAAAAAUGCAAAAAAUUAAACAAUGAAAAAGUGAAUAAACAAAAACACAAAGAAUUCUUAUGAGCAAAUAAGACAAAACAUGAACUUUUUCGUGCUCUAUAUCCCAGAAAAGUCAAAUUUUCAACCUUUGUGCCCAUCUAUAUCCAUAAUUGAUGGCUAGCCAUAAUCCAAACAUAAACGUGUGAAUCCAGUGAACACAGUAUAAACAAACUUAUUUCUACGUAUUGGAUUUAGACAAGAGAUUGAAGAGUACACUACAAUAGCUAAACAAAUCCUUUCUUAUCCACAGAAGUAUUUUUACAAAGAGCAAUGAUAGAUAUGUAUGGAUCAGAAUUGACGUCUCAGAAUUUAAAUUUCAUAUAUUUUAAUUUAUUUGAAAAUGAGCCAAUGACUACCAUCAUCAAUGACUACCAUCUGUUAGUAACAAAGAGUGAUCUUUCGACGGGCUUACGCUAGUAAUAAAAAUUAAAAGCCGUGGAGCAAAUUUUUUUAGCUUUAGCUUUAAAUAUAUUUCCUUCUCGUUUGGAAAAUAUUCUUGAAAUAAAUGUAUCACAGUAUGUACUGAUGUAAAUAUAACACGAAAUGACACUGCAAGGACAUCUACAAUUUCGUAAAGCAAUUUUCGUUCUUGCGUUAUAUAUUCCAUAGUUUUUAUUUGUUUUGUUUUAUAGAGGUCCAUAUUUUUUAGCGUUGUGGUAAAUUUCGAUAUAAACAAACGCUGAAACUAACAUAACUGUCUUCUAGCAAUAUACAUAACUGUCUGACUGACAACAAAUUGUUUGUUGUUGUUUGUAAUAUUCAUUUUUUUCGUUAAGUUGAUAUUUCCUGCAAAGUUGUUUUGACCAAGUGGAGACCACAUCAUCAUUAGAUUGUUGAAGUCGCUUUUAUGUUUUCUUGUAAUUUAUCAAGGACCAUCAUUAGAAAAAACUUUAAAAUGAACGCGACAAGACUAAGAAUAUUACGUCAAAUUUCAGUACUUAGCUAGUUAAAAUACAGAAUUAGUAACACAGCUGUUACAUUUGGCGGGAUUUUUUUAAAAAAACUUAAAUCAAUGCUUUCAAACAACAUUUUAAUUUUUUUUAGAAAAAUAAUUUGUGCAUAUCUUUUUCAAGAAAAAGGUUAGAUGGCGUCACAAAAUCUCACUGAAAAUUUCAUUUGAAUGAGAGACACCAUAAGAUAAAAAGAUUUAAAAGCUAAAAAAAGUAAGAAAACAAAGACAAUAACAACUAAGUAAACAAAAAAUAUAAAGCUUAAAAAUAAACAACAAAUACAAACAAAUGAGAAAUUUCUCUAUGACGUCACGGUUUUCAAUUAAAUGGACGUACAGAAAAGGACAGAAUUUUAAAGAGUGAGAGUUUCUGGUGAGAAAGGAGCACAAAAAUGCUGUCUGAGGUUCUUGGUGAAUUUUUUCACAUCUCUGGUGACCCUUUGAACGGCGCAUUAACAACACAGAAAUCUGAGUUUAAUACCACGGCAACGGAAAAUAUGCAUUCUACGGCAGAUACGAUGAACCAACAAGUUCCGACUACCGGUAAAUUAAGAAAGAAACCUAGAAUUUUAUUUUCCCAAUCACAAGUUAUGGAGUUGGAAAAAAAAUUUAAAGAGCAAAAAUAUUUGUCUGCAUCUGAGAGGGAUCAAAUGGCUAGCAAAUUAAAUUUGACACCAACGCAGGUAAAAAUUUGGUUCCAAAACAAAAGAUACAAAUGUAAAAAACAAACUCUUGAAAAUCGUGCUCGCCCACCUCCAUACGAUUGGUUAUAUCAACGACAAGUUCCUGUUCUCGUGCACAAUGGUCAAACUGCAGGCUGUUUAUCCUAUUGUGGCAAUCGAUCAGGAUAUAUGCCCUCACCGUCUCCAGGUGAUUUGAAUUAUCCUGCAUUUUAUCCUGAAAGUUACAAUACACAACAUUACAAUACAAACUAUUCUGCUACAUCAAGCUACCCCACUUCAUGGCAGUCAUUUUAUAAAUAGUCAGGUAGCUAAUAUAUGUGUCAUUCGUGGACGUAUAACGUCUCCAAAACUAUGCAAUAGAUUGAAUUGGGCGCCGUUUUAUAACAAAAAUGAAAGAAUGCAAAAUCAUUUUUAAUGACGGUUUAUGUGAGAAAUGAAAUUUCAGUUUCUUGUUUCGGUUUUUAACCUUAUUCAGAAGACUCGGAAGACUUCUUUUUCUAAUAUAAGGCUUUAAAUUCGUUUUUAAACUUGUUUUCAAAACAUCUAGCACAACGAGUUCUUAUUGGUGAAUUCAAAUUUCAAGCAGCCAAUCCGUCAUUUGAGAUUUUGUUUUUAUUUUAUUUUUGGAACGUCUUAGCUGUUAAGCCGCCACAUGCACGCACAAAAAAACCACAAAAAAGCGCACAAAUGCAUGUCGGGAAGAAAGGUGAAGAAACCAUGUCGGUUUAUUUUCAUGCAACACUGAGGUGGUAUCCGUACGUACGAUUGUAUGUUCUAAACAGACGUUUUUCUUAUGUUUUUACGUCCAGACAUAUUUGUAUAUAUAUUUCAUGUCAUAGAUACACGAAAACAUAAUGUAUAUAGCAGGUCGGUGUACAUUUUAAAUGCAUUUUCAACUUAGUUUAAAAAGGUAAUAACUUUAUUAUAUAUUUUACAUAAGAUAUUUUCUAUACGAAACGGAUAAGAAAGAAAAUCGAAAGAA